AUAUAUUAUAUAUAUUAUUUAUCAUUUUCUUUUUUUUUUUAAAAAAAAACUAUACUACAUUACACUAUACUACAUUACACUACAGCAUACAGCAUACAGCAUACAGCAUACAGCAUACAGCAUACAGCAUACAGCAUACAUAAUACACCAUACAGCAUACAACGCACACACACGCACACACACGCAUACACAUAGACACAUACAGACACAUACACACACAGAUAUACAAAAAUUUAUUUUCUUGAUAUAAAUACAUACGUAUAUAAUACAUAAAAAAAAAUAUGGCACUUGACCAAACCCCGCAAACACCAACCUGGAGGGACCUGUUACCAAGACUGGGCCUAUUUGUUGCCAUUGCACUGAUCUCUCUUGGAUUCACCGCAACCCUCGCCAACCAGGUCUUGGGUAUCACUCUGCCAAGAACACUAGAGGAUGCCCAGACAACCGCAACACAGCUAGAGAAGCUUGCGUCUUCAUCCUGGCAGGACUCUCUUUCGGUCGCCGGAUGUUUUUCGGUUCUCUAUCUCUGGCAGCAGGCCUUUUCAGUACCGGGUUCCGUCCUCUUGAAUCUAUUGGCCAGUUAUCUGUAUGGCAUCGGAAUUGCUACUGUCUGGACUAGUCUCUUGACAGCAGGUGGUGCUACACUUGCAUAUGCACUUGCUCUCUUGGUCGGAAAGCCUUUUAUGCACAUCGGCUGGGUUUCUAAGCGUGCAGACUCCAUGACACGCCAGAUGAAGACCAACAAGACCAAGGCAGGUCUCUUUUGGUGGUUGCUGUUCAUCAGACUGUUUCCCUUUUCACCUUAUUGGUUCAUCAACAUGGCAUCUCCGCUUCUUGGCGUUCCAGCCCUGCCAUUCUUUUGGUCUACCUUUUUGGGUUCGAUGCCAUACAACUUUGUGUGCGCACAAGCAGGUGAUGUUCUGGGAGACCUGACCUCGACCUCGGAUAUCCUUUCUGUCUCCCUUGUCCUUAAAUUACUCGGGGUGUCCAUUAUUUCACUUGUACCCGUUCUCUGGGGUAAAGCAAUCCAGAAAGCCAUUCGCCGGUCAAUGGGCCUACCACCAUCUAGUGAAGAUAACGGUGAAAUCGAGAAAAUCGAAGGUCUUGAACUCGGUGACGCAGGAUACACUCGCCUACCACUCCAUGACCGCGAAUGAUUUGAUAACUAAUAAUGAAAUAGGCUGAUUGACAAUGGAUAACCUGUAGAAUGGAUAACCAAAAAACAAACAAACAAGCAAGAAUUGCAACGAUAAUGAAAGGAUAAUUAUUUCAAUUAUUAUAAAGAUAAUAUUUUUUUAUAUAUAUAUUCUAUUCUUUCUAUCAUUAUCAACUCAAAUCAGCCUUAGUCAGUUAGUGUACAUUAAUUCUUUAUUUAUUUUUAUUAUUUUCUUAAAUCUAUUUGUUCAUACUUUCCUCACUCACUCACUCACAAUCUCUCUCUUUCUCUCUCUAUUAAUAUAUAUAUAUAUAUCUAUAUCUAUAUCUAUAUUUUAUCUUAUCUUAUCUAUUUACCUCUUUAUAAUAAAAAUCAAUAUAUUCAAUAU